AUGAAAUCAGCAACUCUUCGUCAAGGGCGCAAAGUCUGGGGCAAGCGGUGGCGGUCGUCGACAACAUUCGGUAUUGUGUGCAUUUCGAUUUCUCUAUUCGCAGACCCAUCGGAUAUCCAACGGCUGACGUAUCAAAUCCUGACUCUUUACGGAGUUGUUUCGCUUGUGUCUUCCAUCUUCAUCGGGCAGCUCGCAGACCUGGCCACGACACGGAAGAUGCCACUGGUAGCGGCUUUAGUUGUUGCUAUUAUCGGAACGUUUUCCGUCGCUGCAGCUACAGAUGUAUCGUUGAUUUACGUUGGCCGAGCGCUUCAAUCCAUUGGCGCAACAGCUGCAUGGAUCGUUGGAGUGGCCACGCUCCGAGCCUCAGUCGGCGCUGAGCACAUGGGCAAGGCGUUCGGAUUCAUGUACAGCUGCAUAAGUAUAGCAGAGCUCUUGGGACCCGCCAUUGCAGGAGUGCUACUCUCUCUCGCCGGUUACUGGAUGGCUUGGGGUAGUGUAUUUGUCGUUAUGACAAUGAAUAUCGCAAUGAGGCUCGUGAUGAUAGAGAGUUCUGACGCCAGCAUCGCCCACGAGGAUUCCAACAACACAGCCGGAGUGCCAGACGAAGAAUCGCCUUUGAUAUUUUGCUCGAACGAUCAAUCAGAUAAUGCAUCUGAAGAAGCUUCCAUAGAAGAGCCUGUGGCUACGGCAGCGACCGCAUUCUUUAGGGUUGUUCUUACGCAGAGAAGGGUUAUUAUUUCUAUAUUAUGCUCCAUUGUUCAUUCCAUCAUGAUCUCCAGCUAUGGCACCACCAUCCCCAAUCAUGUGAAGUUUGCAUUCGGAUGGAACAGCUUAGCAACUGGUCUGUUAUUUGCGCUCCUGCAGCUUCCCGUCAUUCUUUCCAGCCCUGUCUAUGGCUGGCUGAGGGACAAAGUUGGUACAAGAAAGCCUACAGCUUUUGGAUUCGCCUCACUGGCUCCUCUUUUGUGGCUCCUCGGUGCUGCAGAUCAGAAACAGUUUCCGUGGGCUUCCUCCGAGGCUUCUGCCAAAUCCACAUAUGUGGCAGCGGUUAUCGGCAUAGGAUGUGUAACGAAUCUGACAAGCACUGUUAGUGCUUUCGAGAUUACCUGCGUUGUGGACGAUUUUGAGUCCAAGCAGCCAGGCAUAUUCGGACCUGGCGGGGGCUAUUCAAGAUGCUACUCGCUUUCCAAUCUGGCCUUUGCGGCAGGUUUGCUACUUGGGCCUCUCUUGUCUGGUGCCUUGGCCGAUUCUGCAAGCAUACGGUAUUAA